AUGAAGUCGGUGCUCCUGCACCCGUCACGCCUGGUGUUCACCCUCGGGGCCAUGGGCAAGCCGCCGCCGCCCACUGGUCCAGGAGAGGCCCAGGCGGUUUUCCUGCAGGGCAUCGAGUCGGCUGCGGCCAGGUGGGUGCCGUCGCUGAGCGACCGAGUGGUCGAACUUCGGCUUCGAACUUCGGGGCCCGUCAAGCUCUUCAAACUACAGGUAAAGAAGGGGGGCAUCGGCGGCGACAACUACGCGGACCAGCAGCUCGUGCUCAGCCAAGAGUCGGAGGGCUCGGGCAAGGGCGUUGGCGGUGGCAAAGGUGUCGCGACGACUGCCGAGACCGCGGCUGACGUGACGGCCGGGCUCAUGCGUCUCAUCGGGAACACGAAGGACUUGCAGACGAAAGCGAAGCUGCUCGAGCAGCUCGAGGUCGUCGACAAGCCAGGAUAUGCCCCAGUGCCCAGCCUGACGCACGAGGAGGCGCUCGGGCGGGGGGGCGGCGCCGGGAGGAAGGCUGGCAGGCGUCGUGGUCAAGCGGUGGUUCAGGUCCUGAGUGCCGCGAGGCGCUCCAGAGAGCCGAGGAGAAGGACGUGAUGAUGGCCAAGGAGGUAGCAGUAGCGGAGAUCAGCAAGAAGCUCGCGGUUCGAGCCCUGGCGCGCGAGGCGGGCGUGUCAGCUGGGACCGCCGAGUCCAAGCGGGGUGA